CGUUUUAGUUUGUUUGUCCUAGCACGCUUACCUUACUGUUUUUAGCUUCUCUGUUGCUACGUCUGUAGCUGCUUUUGGCUUUAACAUCGGUACAGCUUUAUUACUCCUGUGGUUUCUUUUUGUUAAUAACAGUUUAAUUUCAAUUAUACAUAUGCCACCGUGCAUCGGGUCUUUUUUUUAUUGAGUCAUAUGUUUUUAAUUAGCAGCAAUAGCUUUGACAUAGCACGGUGUGCUAAACAGGAAUUUAUUUAAGUGUUUUGAAAAGGAUGGGUAUUUUGUCUACCACAGUGCUCCUCCUUUCUCUGUCUUUGUUAGCGUGUUUAUACAAGGAUCUUUUGUUCAGCAAUGAAGGCAGACUCGUUAGGUCAGAUCAUUUUGAUCAUUAUGAAGUCAUGCUACGUAAAAAGCCUGGUUAUUCUUAUCCCAGAGAACCAAAGAGCAUUUCAAAGAGUGACAUCCACCCAGAUAUUCCCCAAAGAACCGAAAAUUCCAGAGAAACUGAAUGCACCACAGCUCCAGAGAGUCGGUUUGACUGUGGCAGGGACAGGUUGUUGAGCCAAGAGGAGUGUGAGGACAGGGGGUGCUGCUAUGCUCCUCUACCUGGAUCUGCAGGACCACCCUGGUGCUUCUUCCCUGCCCUGUACCCAGGCUAUGCCAUGGGACCCCUCACCCCCAGUGAGAAGGGUCAGACUGCCACCCUGACCAGGGCCAGCCCUUCCUAUCUCCCCAAAGAUAUCGCCACUCUGAGCCUGGAAGUCAUAGCGGAGACUGCAAGCUGCUUUCACGUUGUUUUAAAGGAUCCAUCCUCUCAGCGGUAUGAAGUCCCCCUCCCAGCUGGUAGCUUUCAGACAGAAGCAUAUGCCCAGGAUGUUCUCUACACAACCGAAUUCCAGCAUGAUCCCUUCGGUUUCUUAGUGCGACGCAAGUCCAAUGGAAGGGUUCUUAUGAACACCACAGUUGCUCCCUUGCUGUUUGCUGACCAAUACCUGCAGCUGUCCACCUCUCUUGCCUCCUCCUUGGUGUCCGGCCUUGGAGAACAUUACACCUCUCUCGUCCUGGACCUCAACUGGACAUCAUGGACUCUUUGGAACAGAGACAUGGCACCACAUGCUGACGCUAACCUCUAUGGCUCCCAUCCAUUCUACAUAGUGCAGGAAGAUGACGGCUUAGCACAUGGGGUUUUUCUUCUCAACAGCAAUGCAAUCGAAGUGAUACUGCAGCCAACACCAGCUCUCACAUGGAUAUCCACUGGUGGAAUCCUGGAUCUGUACAUUUUCUUGGGUCCUGACCCUCAAAGUGUGACACGACAAUACCUCCAGGUCAUUGGGUAUCCCAUGAUGCCUCCUUAUUGGUCUCUGGGCUUUCAUCUUUGUCGCUGGGGAUAUACAACUACUAAUGCAACCCGCAUGGUUGCAGAACGCAUGCACAGUGCAAACUUUCCUAUGGAUGUGCAGUGGAAUGACCUGGACUAUGCAGACAAGCGAAGGGUGUUCACCUUCGACCCUGUGCGAUUUGGUGAUCUUCCGGAGAUGGUCCAGGAGUUUCAUAAGAAAGGCAUAAAGUACAUUCUCAUUCUGGAUCCGGGCAUUAGCAGCACCAGCCCCCCUGGAACAUACCCGCCUUUUGAAAAUGGUGUGAAACGAGACGUGUUUAUUAAGAAUGCAACUGGAGACAUUCUGAUAGGCAAGGUUUGGCCUGGCCCAACAGCAUUUCCUGACUUCACCAAACCCGAGGCCAGGCAGUGGUGGGAGGACUGCAUCAGAGACUUCUUCUCUAAAGUUCCUGUAGAUGGUCUGUGGAUUGAUAUGAAUGAACCGUCCAGUUUUGUCCAGGGAUCAGUGGUGGGCUGCCCUGACAGCGAGCUUGAGAAACCACCAUACACACCUAGGGUGGUUGGAGGCCAGUUGAACUCAGGAACCAUAUGUAUGUCGGCACAGCAGCAGCUGUCCAGUCAUUACAACCUGCACAAUCUGUACGGACUGACUGAAGCUUAUGCAACGCACAGCGCUCUCAUGAACAUUCAGGGGAAGAGACCCUUUGUUUUGUCUCGCUCCUCGUUCCCUGGCAUCGGGCGAUUUUCUGGAGUGUGGACAGGAGAUGUGAGGAGUGACUGGGAGCAACUUCGGUUCUCCAUCCCUGCUGUGCUGCAGUUCAGCCUGUUCGGAGUCCCCCUGGUGGGAGCGGACAUAUGCGGCUUUGAAGGCAACACCAACGAGGAGUUGUGUGUGCGAUGGAUGCAGCUUGGCGCCUUUUAUCCGUUUAUGAGGAACCACAAUGACAAGCCCAAUGCUCCUCAGGAGCCGUUUGUAUUUGGACAGAAGGCCCAAGCAGCCAUGCGGACUGCGUUGAACCUUCGCUACUCCCUUCUCCCGUUCCUCUAUACACUCUUCCAUCGCGCACACACAUCUGCUGACACUGUAGCUAGGCCCCUCUUCAUGGAGUUUCCCACCGACCCUCAUUGUCGGACCAUAGACCAACAGUUCCUGUGGGGGAGUUCACUUCUCAUCAGUCCUGUUUUAGAGCAAGGGGCAGUAGAGCUGAGCGCGUACCUACCUGCUGGCACUUGGUACCACCUGCACAAUGGUCAGCCGUUCCACAGUAACGGUCAGUACGUUCAGCUAUCGGCCCCUCUGGAAACAAUCAAUGUUCAUGUGAGGGAGGGGCACAUCAUCCCCCAGCAGGAACCUGCUUUGACCACAGCAGCUUCACGUGAAAACCAUUUCUUCCUGACGGUGGCGCUGUCCACUGGUGGCUGGGCACGGGGGGAGUUGUUCUGGGAUGACGGAGACAGCCUUAGAACUUUUGAAACACAAAAUUAUUGUUAUGUUAACUUCACUGCUGGACAGUCGCAGAUGGUCAGCAACCCUCUCAACCUCAAUGGAGCCUUGGCCAGUCUUCUUCUGGGAGGCGUCCAGGUGUUUGGUGUGCCUUCACAACCUCUUUAUGUCUUGGUUAAUGGAGAGAAAGUUAUAGACUUUACGUAUAAGACUGACACAAAGGUUCUAACAGUGACUCCUCUGGCCUUGCCUAUGUCAAAGAUAUUUACAGUCCAGUGGAUUCUUUGAUGCACCAAAUUUGUCAUAUUCUUUGCCUUUGCCCUGGGCUGCUAAAAUGAUUAGCUGCAUUAUUCUGUCAUCACACCAGCAGAUUUUCUUUAAGCCUUUGAAUGUAAACUAAAAAGUCAUUUGUUUUUGUUUUUUUUUAAAAUCAGGAUCCGUUAGUGGAUAUAUAAAAGUAGUUUUGUAAAUAUUGCUUUGUAAAUAGUGUUUGUAAAAUAUGCACAAAAAAGAAAUUUUUAUCUUGUGAUUUUACUUUUUGACCUUGAAAAGAUGCUGCAUUUGCUUGCUGAUAAUACUUUAUUAUUCCUCAAAGUCAAGUCAUUCCACCGCAAGAUCCAUUACUAAAAAUAAAUUUAUUUAAAAAAUUCUAAUUACAAAUUACUGAAUUUGCCCUCACAGAAUUUAUGGAUUUAUAAAUUUCAAAGCAUCAGAGUAAAGGCAGAUUAAUCCAAAUACAUUCCACUCUUUCAUCCUCUUCUUUGAGUUGAUGUAGUAAACAAAAUCCUACUGAAAUUUAAGGUUGUAACCUGAAAAUUUCUGAAAAAUAUCCCUCGUUAUGCAUAUCUUUUGAGGGCGCUGUUGUGUUGUCAGAAACCGGUUUUAAACAGGCAGCUGAAGACAGCAGAAGUGUGAUGAUGCUCUGAAUCCAGCUCUGGUCCUGAUGGUGGACCAGAGUUACAAAAGAUCUAAAAUCCAUCAUAAAAUCCCAAAUUUCCAGUUAUGCGUCAAUAAUACUACGUGCCGGAAGUAGCUAUAUAUGAGGAAUGAUUGGUUAGGGGCUGUGACGUAAAGUCAAGACAUUAAAGAGGCAAAGAUAUUUCAGGAAGUAAAAACCAUUGUAUUUUACAUUAAAGUGUCAAGCAUGUUUCAAAUAUAAAGGCAUAUGACUUCUUAAAGGUCAUUUUACUUUGAAAGUCCAGAGCGGAAGUGUAUACUUUUGCCAUUGAAACAGCAGCAGUUAGGCGUGCGGCGGUGCCUCAUAGAGUGAUAAACCUCUGCGAUAAAAAAAAAGAAAAAAAGAGAGCUGAGUUAAUAUUAACCCGAGCUAAACCCGUGGAAAGGAGCCGAACCCAGGCCCGGUUCGUAGCGCUGGGGCUCUGUCCGCUUGCAGAGAUGGUUGUCCGGAGUGGGCUGUAGAUUCCUGCGGCGGGACUGAAGUGUGGACACAGAGGGAAUGGCUUUCCUGUGCUCUGACUUCUGACGGUUAUUCUGCAGGACAGGAAGACCACCGUCCUCUUUUCUCGGUUCUACCCAUUUUGGUGGACUUUUUCAAAAUUUAUCUGGGGAUGGGGUUGUGCUCUCAUAGAGGAGUCAAUCGCACUUUAACCCUGCAAAGUAUUUGCUUCACUUAGAGAGGAGUGUUUUUUUUUUAUUUUUAUUUUUCCUUGUGGCUCAUGGGGCUAUAGGAAAAGCAACAAGACAUAUAAAAUAUAUUUAUCCUGGGUGAAAUCAAAAUAUUUUGUUUAUUUUGUUUUCUAAUGUAGUUAUAUUUAUUUUGUGAUUUAAAAAAAUGCAUGUUGUGGUGACUGAAUUUUCUCACUGCAAACCAGUUAUAGAAAAACAAAGCAUAAAAAAUGUACAAAAAUGUUUGCUUUGAAAUGUAAAUAUCAAAUUGAAAUUCCAGCCGUUGUUCUUUUUAGUUGUCAGGAACAGAUACUAAAAGACUAUAGAAUUGGUUUUGUUUCCUUUUACAUAUUUAAAGUGAUAAAAACUUCAGAAAGAAGCAAAAAAAUGCACUAGCUUUCUAAUAUUCUACACCUUGUACUUUUGCUUCACAAAUUUUGACAAACUCCGAUCUUAGAUAUGUAAACUUGUUCAAGAUUCUUCCUUCAUUAUUAUAACAAUUUAAAGAAAAGCUGUGAUGAUGAUAAAGAAACCAGAUGCGAUCGUACACCUAAUGCUUUACGACAAUAUACUAGUGGCUGUCUAACCUCUGCAGGGCUAUACAUUUUGCUGUUUAGUUUGCAAUUGAGUUUUUAGGUCUUCUUUGGAUUUAAUUUCUGGUCCUGAACCUUUAGGAGAUGCUGUAUAUUAGCUUAUGACAUAAUCGUUAAGAUAACAUUCCUCCUGAAACAGGAAGCAUGUUUUUGAAACACCCAAAAGAGUUUAAUCACGACUUAAAGUCCAUAAGGAUCUUGUUUUUCAGGGUGAUCUGUUUUCAGCUGCCCUGGGCAACCUCGUGAAUAGUGGAUAUGAAAGAGAGAUCUUCCAUUCACAUGUCAACAGAAGUGAGAAGCUAUCUGUGGCUGCUGCCCUCGCAGCUGAACUUUCUUUGUGUAGUUUUUAUUCUCUAAUUUAAGGUUCAAAAAAUAUGUCAGAGAGUUGGUUAAGAAGAAGUGGGUAAAAAUGUUCCAUUGAUUAUCGGACAGAGGAAGUGAAUCUAGGAAGGGGUCUCACUCCUGAGAUGUCUGAUGAAACGCAGAAAGGUCAGAGGGGAGAGUCCGUCUGUGGGCACACUGAGGUGUUGACAGGAUUAAGGAUGAAGUGAGAGCAAGAGGCCGCUUUUUCUUAUCAGCCUGUGUGAACCUGAAUCUGAACCUGACACUGACCCCUGUCACCCCGCUGCAUUGAAGCUCAGCAGUAAAUAGCUCCUCGUUGCUAUGAAGCAGCAGAAAACUGUAAUGUACAAAGAUCUGAAUUCCACAUAAUCAGAAAGUUCACAUGGGGUCAACCAACAUUUUUCAUGUCGUACAGCUGCUGCUGUUACUCUUUCAUACCAGCAAGCAGUUUUGUUUGGUGUUAUUUGAUGAAGCACCUUGUUUGCACAGUGAAUGUAUAGAUCUGGGGCCUUGCUAUGCCUAGAUGUAGUUAAUGAGGUGGCUUGCAGGAUAGAGAGGCCGCAGCACUUGUCUAGAAAAGUUUGAUUAUUUCAGACUCAGGUCCAGUUGAUAGUCUGAUUUGAUCUGAAUUAAAUUCAUUAUUUUGUAUAUUUCAGUACAAAUAUACUGGUUCUGAACACUCUGUUUAUUAGUAUUCGUUUUCUGGACAGAGGCAAUUGACAAAAACUAGUGCUUCCAUUAUCUCCUGUGUUUUGCACAGACUAAAUUGUGCUUACUCUCCUUGUUUUUCUUCCCUAUAGAAAGUACUCCUUUCUCUGUACUUCUGCGGCUAGCCAGCCUUUUUUUCUCCUGGACAAACAUAUUGACCAAUCAUAUUCUGCUCUCACCAGUGCAUAUUCACUGCCAUUACUGAUGUCUACAGUUUUUUCUUUUCUUUUUGUUGUUGAAAGUACUCCUCCCUCUGUGCUAUUUUGCUUAGCUGUGUCUUUUUCCUGAAUCAGGUAAAUUGACUAAGCUAUUACUACCACUAGGUAUGUAUAUUUAGUUUCCUGUCUCACAGAAAGUUUCCCUGGCUAAGUGCUUCUUUGUAUAAUUGUUCUUUUUAUUCUGGAUUGAGUUAUUGAUUGAAACCUUCCUGACAUGAACUGUGUGUACUCUCAGUACACACACAGUUUUUUAAAAUCUCCUUAGAAAGUACUUCUGUUUUUACCGAUGGACUAAGCUGAGCAAUCAAUAAAGCUAUUGCUGUCAGAAGUA